AGGCUAAGAGUACAGCAUCUUGCAUGACCUCUCGAGGCCAUGAGCUUCACCAGCUGUUUUCAGUCAUCUUCCAACAGUCAGCGGCAAGUUCCAGCCUUCACGGCCCUGGGCUGCAGCAGCCCCAAACACUGAGGCGCGUUGUUUGUUGUUCCUGCAGAGCUCGGGCGGUGUGGGCGCCGCUGGGAGGGCCCGUGAGACUGCGCACGGCCGUGGCUGUGGUAGUCGGGGUUGGACUCUACAACUUAUCCAUGACUAUGGUGGAGGCUGCAGUGUUCUUGACGCAGGUCAUCCCGAGCCGCGCGAAGUAUGCCCUACUGACGGCCUACAACGUAGUGCACUACUUCCUGCCCGUGCUGCUCACCCUCGCCUGCUACCUGUCAAGCAUCGUGGCGGUGAGACGUAACAUGCGUAACCGCCUUGUCUUGACCGGCGGUCAGGACAAGGCGGUGGGGACGAAGCUGAUGGACGAGGCGACGCGGGCUUUGCUGGCGGUGUUCCUCAGCAACCUGGUCUUCGUCCUCCCAAUCUCCAUAUGUAACAUCCUAUCCUUGGACAGUCACUUCACCACCAUCAUCAUCAUGUUCGUGGUCUUUCUGACGCAUCUGUUCGUCGACCCGUUGGUGUUUGUGUGUUUCAACAGGCACCACCGGAGGCGCGUCCUGCAGGCCCUCAAGCCCUGCAUCGGCCGCCCUCCCACCGAAGAAGUCGCGGUAACCCCCGAAUGACAGGCCACGCAGUCGUCCAUUGCCUUAAGAGUCCCGACGAAGGGCGAGGCAAAGUCUCAAGAGAACACUUACUAAAGAUUGUGUGGUGGAGGGAAUGGAGGUAGUGGAAUAGAACAGAGCGGAGGAGUGGAGGGGAAGGGAACAUGGGGAGGUGGAGGGAAGGGAAGCAUAGUCGAAGAGAAGAUAAAAUUCGCGAAAAGAAGCAAUUAGUGAAGGGAGGGGAAAAGACAGAACAUGGAGAAAAGAGGAAAGUCCAAAGCAGAACCAACACAAAUAAUAUAGAAAGCAAAUACAAAUAAAAUUCUUUAAAACAUAGAAACUUAUGAUAAAGAUGGCGACUGAACGGAAUUUGUUGACGACAUAUCUGUUCUUGAUCAAUGCUGUCUCUGACAUCGACUGCAUGGACAAAAAAUAUAAAAAAAUACAAGAAAAUUAUUUGAAAAAAGGUGACUUGGAUAUGCAGCGGAAAAAGACAGUGCCCUACUUUGUGUGCCGGGUACUGAAGGAACGCACUCACGGAGGUGCUGCGAAGUAAGGUUCCUUCCCCGCCCUGUGGCCGGAGCAACACGGCGACAUACGAGUCUCCGGAGAAGGAUGAAACAGCCCUGGCGGAGGCUGAGGACGUUCUGCUGAACAAGCCAAGCCCAGGGUGUCGCGCCGCAGGGCUGCACAGCAGUCCUUCUUUUUGGUCAGGUUUUACUUACGGAUACGUGGUUGGCUCCACGUGAACAUGUUUCAAGAACGUAAGUUGUCGUGUGCUGCCAGGACUGUUUAAUGUAUUCACAAUUGAGGGUAAAUAUUCGCAUUGUCCUCAUAUUUGGUCUGUUCACACACAGCUGUUGGUGUUCUAAGUUUUAGUUUUGAUCAGUGUUCGUGGCCUGCCAUUGCAGAGCGACGGCAUUACAGCAUAACUCUUAGGUACAGUUAUUAUGAUUGUAUGUCAAUUUGUAACGUGAUGAUAUAGCACGUUACGUACUGCUGGAUCUCAGCUGUGAUGGAUACUUUUUUUUCCCUUCCGUUUCGAGGGUUGUUAGCCCUCGCGGGCUACAUGCCAUAGGCUGGCCCGCCUCAAUGAUGGAUACUGUAUGAUUACAAAAGGACUAAUGAACGCCGAUUCAAGCUGAUAGUAAAACUCUUGUUAGUAGAAAUGUGUAAUUGUACUGAAUAUAGGUACAGAUCAAUGUUCUGGAAGUAGUGUUAGGGUAGUAAUGUAUUAUUUACCUGACCGAGGUCAGACAUGGGUCACGGCGCUCCGUAAGGAGCAGCCUGGGGCCAGCCUGUUGGCCUCUCCCCUUCCCCUCCAUCCCCCUCUCCCUUUUCAUCAAUAACCCAACACUGUAAGACACUUUUGUGACAAGCUUAAUCAUGGCGAGAGAAAGUGAGUGCAGUGCGUUUGUGGUGCCGUGAAGACACUGAAGAAUAGUAAUGGCCAGUGUGACGUCGACGCCGCCUAAACAUCCAACCGACGCCGGCCCCCAGGUUCCCCCAGGUACACCAGCCCGACCAUCAUGCUGCUGGGAGAAUUCGGUUCAGGUGCAGUGCAGUGUUGAGGCCCGUCACUCAGGUGGAGUCAUGGUUGGGGCAAGUGGCAUGGGGCAGUGCAGACGUUUUAAUGUUCCCACGCCUACCGCUUCUCGGUCCACCUCUUCCUAUCUUGUCUCACCGGCUGGAGAGAUUAGCAGGUCAUCGCUAAACUGAGUGACGGCCGACACCGCUUCUACCUGCACCCCUGCCAUCAACUGCGACCUGACCCUUUUUUGACCUGGGGUUGACCUGGGGCUUAAACACCUGACCCGUCACCCGGAAUACCACACCGCCUCCUUCAGCACUAACGCACUGCAUUCCACCACCUCACCUCCCCCCCACCACCCCAGACCCCCUAUACCCCUUUCACAUUGUACUUUUUUUUCUAUUUUAUUUCAAUAUUGUAUU